UCGGAUGGCGUCCCACUUGCUAUUGAGGCUUCGAGAAAAGCUAUUGUGGAAGCUGGGAUCGAUAUUUCCGAGAUCACUCACAUGGUUUCCACCACCUGUACCGAUAGCGCUAAUCCCGGGUUUGAUCAUUUCGUUGCAAAAGGACUAGGCAUUUCUCAUAAAGUGGAAAAGGCCCUACUACAUGGUGUUGGUUGCGCUGGGGGAUUAACGAUACUUCGAACUGCCGCCAAUUUAGCUUUAGGCCAUUCCAUGAGGCGUAAGCCUGCUAGAAUCUUGUGCGUCGCCCUCGAGGUGAGCACAACGAUGGUCCGCAGCGAACUUAGUAGCAUCAACGAGUUACAAGAAACGCGUAUUGGUCCUUGUCUGUUCUCUGAUUGCGCCUCUGCGUUGAUCCUCAGUAAUGGGAUUGGGCAGCCGACAGCCGAACCGAUUUACGAAUUGCUUGGAUGGGAGCACCAGAUUCUACCGGACACCGAAGGCGAUCUUGGCUUCGAUGUGGAUCCUCUUGGCUGGAAAGUUGUACUCACGCCUCGGGUUCCAAAACUAACAACCGACGUGCUCAACUCGAGUUUCCUCGAUUUACUGGGAAAUGUUCCGGAUCUUCCUACCGGGUAUCGGGAAGCGCCCGAUUUUGACUGGGCGAUGCACCCGGGCGGUUUGACUAUCUUAACCGGCACUGAGAAAGUGAUGGGUAUAUCGCCGGAGCAUAUGCGCGCCAGCUAUGAUACAUAUAUGAACCAUGGAAACUCAAGCUCAGCAACUAUUUUCAGCGUGAUGAACCGGUUAAGGAGCAAAGAUAUGGACGCAGUAGCCCCCGAGGGCCGGGCACGAGAUUACGUAGUCGGCUGCGCGUUUGGUCCAGGAAUCGCCGUCGAGAUGUGUCUGCUUAAACGCAACAUGGGGCGGUCGGGACUCUAUACUCCUCCCGAAACCGACAGCGAAGCCAGUAUAAGCGAAGCCGGCGAAGACAUCGACUGGGCGAGUAUAGACCCUAAAGAAUCAAUUCCAGGCACGCCUGGGUCCGAUAACCGAGGCGAGCGAAAACUAGUGUUCUGCGAUGAUAUAUUUAUCAACGAGGCGAUUGCUAAUGUCGAAUUGGAUUAAUGAUACCGAAAUAUACCCAUGUCGCAUUUAUUAAACGUUGAAUAUAUGAAAUUAUUUACUGUUGGAAAUGAUCGUUCUAGGAAGUCUGUAUUUUGAAUUGGUGAAAAAGGCGGUUUGAAUAGCUGCUCCUUAGCGGGGAUCUUUCAAUGGAUACCUGGGCAGUAUCCAUGGGUUUUUUUUCAGCUGCCUCGGUGGGUUAGCACAGGUAGCAUCCCACCUACAACAACAAUGAGACAGUCCCUAUCGCCGCUGAAAGAUAAGGAAUUGGAGAAAUCUUGGCUACUAGAACA